UCUUUGAGAUCAUGAAAUAUAAAAACUUUUAUAAUCAUUUCUAGCAUAAUUAAAAAUUUACAAGUUCAUUUGUAGUAAUCCUUUUGAUGUAAAAGUUGAAUAGGAGUGAAUGGAAGAGUUGUAAAUUGGACCCACAAAAUAUGAUAGUGGAGGAGAAAGGUGGAAGCAGUCCUCCGCUUUGUCCGAUUCUAAUAUCUUAUUAUUGGUGAAGUGGAGGGGAGGUAUGACCUAUGCGAGAACCUUCUUUACUCUGGAAGACGUCAUAGGUGGAUGACGGCGGUGAAGGGGGGAUGGCAUCACGAUGGCCACCGUCUGGACUUGGAACACUCUGAAAGACGUUAUAGGUGGACUCCAAGGGUGGAGCGGGAUUGCCAUCGUGAUGGCCUAUGCCAAGACUUGGAACACUCUUGAAGACAUUAUAGGUGGACUCCAGGGGUGGAGAGGGAUUGACAUUGCGAUGGCCUACGCCAGGACUUGGAACACUGUGGAAGACGUUAUAGGGGGACUCCAAGAGUGGAGCGGGAUUGCCAUCGUGAUGGCCUACGCCAGGACUUGGAACACUCGGGAAGACGUUAUAGGUGGACUCCAGGGGUGGAGAGGGAUUGACAUCGCGAUGGCCUACGCCAGGACUUGGAACACUCUGGAAGACGUUAUAUGUCGACUCCAGAGGUGGAGAGGGAUUGACACCGCAAUGGCCUACGCCAGGACUUGGAACACUCUUGAAGACGUUAUAGGUGGACUCCAGGGGUGGAGCGGGAUUGCCAUCGCGAUGGCCUACGCCAGGACUUGGAACACUCUGGAAGACGUUAUAGGUGGACUCCAGGGGUGGAGAGGGAUUGACAUCGCGAUGGCCUACGCCAGGACUUGGAACACUCUGGAAGACGUUAUAGGUGGACUCCAGAGGUGGAGAGGGAUUGACAUCGCGAUGACCUACCCCAGGACUUGGAACACUCUGGAAGAUGUUAUAGGUGGACUCCAAGGGUGGAGCGGGAUUGCCAUCGCGAUGGCCUACGCCAGGACUUGGAACACUCUGGAAGACGUCAUAGGUAGACGGAGGCGGUGGAGGGAGGACGGGACCGGGAUUGCCUACGGCUGGACUUGGAUGACUCUCACGGUCGACAUUGUAGGUAGGCGCUGGCGGCCAGGAAGGAGUGACGACAUUUGAAUGGACGAUGCCAGGACUCAGUUGACUCUCCAAGAUAGACUGCGGCAGCGGCGGCGGCGGCUCAUUGUCUGCCAAUAAUAAUCUUGUGGUCAGUAG